AUAAAUAAACAUCAAACAGAGUAAUUCGUUUUGAAAUCGAUCAAAUUGUUGAAUUAAGAAUUUCAUUUCCCUAAAAUUCAAGCGAAGCAAAGAUAACCAAACCCUAAAAUUCAAUUCAAAGGGUUUUCUUCAAUUUCAAUGUCGUCGAAUUCGUCCAGGGGUGGAUCCUAUUACGGCGGUGCUGCUGCCCCUUUCCGAUCAAGUGAGGGACUUAGCACAAGAACCGCUGCUGCAUCCUCUGAUGAAAUUCAAUUGCGUAUUGAUCCCGUAGGGGAUUUGGACGAUGAAAUCACAGGUCUUUUUGGCCAAGUUAAAAGAUUGAGAAAUGUUGCUGAAGAGAUUGGUACAGAAGUCAAGUCUCAAAAAGAUUUUCUGGAAGAGCUGCAAAUGACAAUGGCAAAGGCUCAAGCUGGGGUGAAGAAUAAUUUAAGAAGAUUGAACAGGAGCAUCGUGCGAAAUGGUGCAAACCAUAUUGUUCAUGUGAUCACUUUCGCAUUAAUUUGUUUCUUGAUUGUGUAUCUUUGGUCGAAAAUGUCCAGAAAAUGAGGCUUCACAGGGUCUACUUCUUCAGUGUUGUAGUUGACAAGAUUUCACCCCCAAGUCCUUCUUUAAAUGUCUCACAAUGAUGCCUACUUUUGUUGUACAUAAAAGGUUUGUAAUUUACUUUCUGUGGUUUUGUGUGAAGAAAAAACAUAAUGUGGUGUUUAGUAGUUUGCAAAGUCGUAUACAUGUCAAACUUUAAUCUGUUGAGAGAUUUUUUAGAAUAUAUAGCAUAAAAGAGGGUUAUUUGAAGAGAAUCCACUGAAAAUUUCCAAGGCAGAGAAUCCAAUCUCUUAUUCUGCUUGGAGGACCUACUACUCAUGCUAUUUGAAGGGAUUUAUUUUAAUCAACUGUUGAUAUAAAACUGUAAUAUCAUGCAAUUAUAUGAAAAUGAUUUGAACAA